UCAAAAUCUUAAACACUGAACCUUUACAACUCUUUUAAAUUCAUUGUCUAAAAUAUUCAGUUAUAGUGAAAGGGGGGUCUGACAAGCACUCAGAGCUCCUGCACCUGCACGUACAUGUGUGUUUGGUUGACGUGAUACUAAGACAGGAUGUGAAAGCUGACUCAUAUGCUAAAAGCAUGAGAGCUGGCAGCCCUGUUUAAAAUCAGAAAUGACUGGAACAGUGCCAUAACCAUCUUGGGAAAUAUCCAACACACCCCUGUGCCCUUUGAACUCUUUGUUUAUAUCUUUUGUAGCCUACAAUAAAUGAGUUCAUUAGAGAAGCAGGUUUUCAGCUGACUAUGGAGAUCUGCAGCCUGAGACACAUUUUCUAUAUUAUUCUUCUCACAACAGGACAGUGUGAGAUGAUCAUAAACACAGAAGCUACACUGAAAAUGGAUGAAGCGUUACUAACAGUCCGUAAUCAGAUGUCCUACGGGCUUCAAGUUCUCUACACCUCAGAUUACUGCUAUCAGUGUCUGUACCAACCUUUGGCUAGCAUGGAAGUUGGACCAGGAAAUGUGUCUGUGGUGCUGAGCACACCUUUCACUCUAACUCUGAAAGCCUCACCUGUGAAUGCCACUAACACAUUGUGCAGCAUAAGCUAUCUAUUUGAAGAGGCAGGACAUUAUUCUCUUUGGGUCACACCUAGAGAUGCACUUGAUGUAACCUGCCAUAUUUCUCUGGAUAAGUUUCCACAUAGCACUUACCAACCUUUGUGGGUAGCUGCUCUUGUUCUAGUCCUUUUGGCCUUAAUUUGGGCCUCUGUACCUUUUCUGUCCAGAUGUAGCUGCACAUUAAGGCUCAAAAAUCUAAUUUGCUGCUGUGGGGCUAAAUACUCUAUGGAAAGGGUAAGUGUGGAAGAGGCCACAAAUCGAGCCAGCAUGGACCAAAGCCAAUCAAAAUCAUCCCGUUUGAAAUCAUUAGACACAUUUCGGGGCUUCUCUAUAACCAUCAUGGUGUUUGUGAACUAUGGAGGUGGAGGAUACUGGUUCUUUCAGCAUGCACCAUGGAAUGGCCUUACCAUAGCUGAUCUUGUGAUGCCCUGGUUUGUAUUCAUUAUUGGGACAUCUGUAAUGUUGGCAUUUAGCUCCAUGCGAAGGAAAGGUGUGACAAGACUCCAACUUUUGCGCAAGCUGAGCUGGAGAACAGUGGUGCUGAUGCUUAUUGGGUUCUGCUUCAUUAACUACAGCCCCAGAGAUGGUUUAUUGUCAUGGUCCUGGCUGCGGAUACCUGGAGUGCUUCAGCGUCUGGCUUUCACCUACUUUAUCCUGUCACUGAUGCAGAUGUUCUCUCCCUACCGAGAGAUCCCACCAAGUCAGGUUCGCUGGUGGAGCCCUGUUCAGGAUGUGGUGCUCUAUUGGCCCGAGUGGAUUUUCAUUUUGCUGCUGGAGACGGUGUGGCUAUGUGUCACCUUCCUGCUGCCUGUGCCCCACUGCCCCACUGGGUAUUUAGGAGCUGGAGGUAUAGGAGAUAAUGCUCUUUACCCAAACUGCACAGGAGGGGCUGCUGCAUAUAUAGAUAGAUGGUUAUUAGGACACAAUAUCUACUGGCAUCCAACUUGCAAGGCCAUGUAUCAUACAACUCAGCCUUUUGACCCAGAAGGAGUCCUAGGUACCAUUAAUUCUAUUGUCAUGGGAUUCAUUGGCAUGCAAGCAGGAAAGAUUUUCCUCUUCUACCGCAAAUUGAACAACAAGAUCAUCAUACGGUUCUCAGUCUGGGCUGUCAUCCUGGGAAUCUUGGCGGCCAUCCUUUCUAAGUGCACACGAGACUCUGGAUUUAUACCUGUCAAUAAAAACCUUUGGUCUCUGUCCUAUGUGGCCUGCAUGGGCUCCAUGUCCUUUGUGCUGCUGGGUGUGAUGUAUUUUGUUGUGGACAUCAAGGGAUGGUGGGGUGGCCAACCUUUCAUUUACCCCGGAAUGAACUCCAUCUUGGUAUACGUGGGCCAUUCUCUGCUGGGUUUUUACUUUCCUUUCAGCUGGGAGAUGCGCUACCAGGACAGUCACUGGGAGCCACUAUUCCAGAGCCUGUGGGGAACUGCACUCUGGAUCUUUAUCACCUAUCUGCUCUACCACAAACGAUUUUUCCUCAAAAUCUAAAUUUGUCUUUGUGAGCAUUUAAAUUGGGUAGAUGAUGCAACAUUGUCUUUUUAUUCAAAUUAAUGCUUCUCUAUUAGCCCUGAUGUAUUAGUUUAGUCCACAAAACUGAAUGUAGAAUAUUCCAGUACUCAAUUAGUAAAAAGGUAUCUGUACGGAAA